AUGGCUCAGUCGUGCGUGCACACGUCGUGCAGGGCCCUGGCGGGGAGGGCGGUCGUCUCCGCUCGCGCGCGGGCGUCGGCGCCCCCUGCGCGCCGCACCUGCUGCAGGACGUUUGCCGUCGCGGCUGACAAGCCCGAGCAAGCGUGGAAGGUGCCCCGGCCGGACAGCCUGGGGCGCUUCGGGGAUUACGGCGGCAAGUACGUGCCCGAGACGCUCAUCUCGGCGCUGGCGGAGCUGGAGGAGGCCUAUGCGAAGUUUUCCAACGAUCCUGAGUUCAAGGAGGAGCUCGACGGCCUGCUGAAGGACUACGUCGGCCGUGCGUCCCCGCUGUACUUCGCCAAGGGCCUGUCGGAGCACUACAAGCGCCCCGACGGCUCGAUGCCCCACAUCUACCUCAAGCGCGAGGACCUCAACCACACCGGCGCGCACAAGAUCAACAACUCGCUCGGGCAGGGCCUGCUGUGCAAGCGCAUGGGGAAGAAGCGCAUCAUCGCGGAGACGGGCGCGGGGCAGCACGGCGUGGCCACGGCGACGGUGUGCGCGCUGCUGGGCCUGGAGUGCAUCAUCUACAUGGGCGCGAAGGACAUGGAGCGCCAGGCGCUGAACGUGUUCCGCAUGCGGCUCCUCGGCGCGGAGGUCGUGCCGGUCACGAGCGGCACGUCGACGCUCAAGGACGCCACGUCGGAGGCCAUCCGCGACUGGGUGACCAACGUCGAGACGACGCACUACAUCCUGGGCAGCGUCGCGGGCCCGCACCCGUACCCGAUGAUGGUGCGCGACUUCCACGCGUGCAUCGGCAAGGAGACGCGCGCGCAGUGCCUCGAGAAGUGGGGGGGUCUCCCGGACAUCCUCAUCGCGUGCGUGGGCGGCGGGUCCAACGCGAUGGGCCUCUUCCACGAGUUCGUCGACGACGACUCGGUCCGCAUCGUCGGCGUCGAGGCCGCGGGCUUCGGCGUCGACACGGACAAGCACGCCGCCACGCUCACCAAGGGGCGCCCGGGCGUGCUCCACGGCUCGAUGUCGUACCUCAUCCAGGACACCGAGGGGCAGGUCGUGGACCCGCACUCCAUCUCCGCGGGCCUCGACUACCCGGGCGUCGGCCCCGAGCACUCGUUCCUCAAGGACACCAAGCGCGCCGAGUACCACGCCGUGACCGACGCCGAGGCGCUCGAGGCCUUCCAGCUGCUCUCCAGGGUCGAGGGCAUCAUCCCCGCGCUCGAGACGUCGCACGCGCUCGCCUACCUCGACAAGCUCUGCCCCACGGUCGCCGACGGGACCAAGAUCGUGCUCAACCUCUCGGGCCGCGGCGACAAGGACGUGCAGUCCGCCGCCAAGCACAUCAACCUGGAGUAG